GGGGGCUGCUGCCCGCGGGGCCUCCGGGCGCGCCGGCUCCUCCCCUGCGCGCCCUCAGUGGCCCGCGGGGCCCGCGUCUCCCCACCCCUUCCCGGGUUUGCUCCGGUUGUGCACCUCACCUCCGCUCUCCUGCCCCCAGCACCCCCGUCGCCCCGCCCCGCGGGGUCUGGGGCUGAGCGGAGUGGGUUGUCAUUUAGUAUGGAGGAAGAUGAGUUCUUUGGAGAGAAGGCAUUCCAGCAUUACUGUGCAGAAUUCAUUAAACAUUCACAGCAGAUAGGGGACGGUUGGGAGUGGAGAACUUCAAAGGACUGUUCUGACGGCUACAUGUGUAAAACACAUUUUCAAAUAAAAAAUGCAACCAUGGAAUCAGGGUCCAGAACAUCUGCCCACAUACAGACCUGUCUUCCCAUGGAGGAGACUAUAGAGUUACCCCUGGAUGAUUCUGAAGUGACCCAGACCACCGCAGCCACUGAAGUGAUUAGAUAUGAGUAUCAUGUCUUAUAUUCCCCCAGCUACCAAGUGCCUGUACUUUACUUUCGGGCAAGCUUUUUAGAUGGAAGACCCGUGGCUCUGAAGGACAUAUGGGAAGGGGUCCAUGAGUGCUACAAGACGCGGCUCUUGCAAGCUCCAUGGGACACUGUUACCCAGCAGGAGCACCCAAUUCUUGGACAGCCCUUUUUUGUGCUGCACCCUUGCAAAACGAGUGAAUUCAUGGCUCCCGCGUUAAAGCAUUCUCAGAAAAUCAAUAGGGACGUCAACUACAUCACAUCGUGGCUGAGCGUUGUGGGGCCAGUUGUUGGGCUGAGUCUACCUCUUAGUUAUGCCAGUGCAGGCUCUCGGGAUGAAUGAACUGUUGAAUGAACAAGACUCUCCUGUUGAUUCCAAGGAGCUUAGAAAUCAUGUGGGCACAUGUGCCAGAGUGAUGUCUGGUUCUUUCUCUCCGCUUGUUAUUCUAAUGGAUAAAUAAAUAAAUUCUUUGAAAAAAAAUCA